GAUGAAAUUCGCGUGUGCAGCAUCCCAUCCCUGUGGUGGGGUUGUUCAGCAAGUGUGAAAAGAAUAAAAAUGGGUGUAAUCGACAGAUGCACCGUAGUGCUUCUCAAUCAUUCAAACGCGGAGGAAUAAUUGGAUUAAUUGUAUUUGCGCCACUCCUGUCCUCCUCCCUUUUUUCUUCUUACAACAAAAUUAAAUAUUGUCCCCAAAAAUCUGCAAGAACAGCGCAAAAAUUGCCAAAAAACCUGGAGAUUGUUGUCGUGUGAGGCAGAUUUUGUGUGUUGAAUUUGCUGAAAGACCCGGAUUUUGACGUGGAAAGGAUGUGCUUGAAAGAGUGUACGGUUGCCUUUGUGGUGUGUUGCCUGCUAAGUGCCGUGUCUGCUACGCCGUUGCCACGACAUCAGAGCGACACACCCAUUACGAAUAAAAUGACGUGGACCUGUGUCAAUAAUGCAACGUGCAUAGAUGGUGUGGCGAAGGAUAUCGUGGGCAGACUCAACCGAAAGGAGUCUAUUGAUUUUGGCGUGGUUAAGGUGGUGCCCAGGGAGCGACGAGUUGUCGCCGAGGGACGCUCUUCCAAUAUCAUGAACUUCCUCAGUGGUAACGAACUGAGGAUUCCAGUUGGACCGAUGGUCUUCAGCAUCCAAAGAUCCGAAGACUACAGUGAUUACUUUGAAGUUUCCCUCAUGAGGAAGGGUGUUGACGAGGAAGGAAGACAUAAACAUCAUCAUCAUAGGCGCAUGAGGCUGUUCAUUCCAUCCUUCCUGGCAUUCAAUGCUGUCGGUUGGAUGCUUCUCGCCGUUACAAGUGUCGCGUUGCUGACUUUCAAGGCUUUCGCCCUCUCCAAGAUUGCCUUCUUGGUUGCAGCCGCAAUGACGAUGAGAAGAGUUAUGGGUCACCAAAACAUGGAUGGUGGUCAUCCUGAAUAUCUGCCCUACAAUGGUCUCGAAAUUGACUCACCCCUUGGCGGUGCUGUGGCGUCCGGAAGUGAAUUCCUACCCUAUCACAUUAGCCCGGACUUCCAGGCUUUCCAGCAGCAGCAGCAACAAUUGCAGAACCCCAUCACGGCUGAGAGCAAUGUUGUCGCCGCCGUUGAAGCUGCCAAUAAUGCCACACAACCGCUCGUACCCCAAAUCGGGGGCGGACUUGCCAAGAUAAAACGACAAGACCUCUCAGCCCUCCGGCGAAAACCCAUGUACUACACUCUUGUCGCUCAGAGGAGUCCAAUUUACACCUAUAGAAGUCCAAUUGGGUCUUCCUAAAAAAAAGAAAGCUCGUCAUGAUGACCACGUGGAUGAAGAAAAAAAAACCAAAGUUACGCAGUAAAAUUAACCAAAGAACACCAUCAGCAUUUUCCAAAGAGAGAGAGAGAGAGAGAUUUUCCUUGCUUUCCACACCCCCUCGAAAACAUCUCACGUUGACAAGACCGAUAAGACCUCACAGCAAAGAUCAUCGCUGGAGUAGUGGACUAAAAGACAGUAGACAAUAAUAAUUUAUUUAUUUAUUUUUACUUUAUAAAUUAUCUUAAAAUAAAUUAAAAUUUAUAAAUGCAAUUUCUCAAAAAGCUUACCCUGUCUCGGCUGUCUUGAAGCAAAUUAAAAUGAAAAUUCGGUUGAGUCUUUUCCAUUUGAGAAAAAAAACCUGAAAUAUUUGCUAAAAACGUAAUUUCUCAAUUGAUUGCAUGCAAUUGACAAAGAUAUUCCUAAAGCAAUAUUUCAUCAAGAAAUGUAAUGUGUAUAUAUACCCGUAGUAUAUGUAUGAUUAUAAAUGUUAUUUACAAGAGACAGACAAUGAGCAAAAUAAAUAUGAAUGAUCUCUUAAA